AUGAAUCAUUUGGCAAGUGCUAGUGAUUUUCAACGUUUAAAUAAUGCUGUCUUAUCGAAUCUAAAUAAAAUCACUAACAAUACAAAUGAUCUUGAUGUACUUGUACAAAAGUUAGGUACACAAGAGGAUAGUGAACCAUUACGAGAUCGUUAUCUUCGUCUACAAAAUGAUACAAAAACAUUAAUACAAAAUACAAAUCACACUCUUGAAGAAAUUCGAAAAAUCCCUAUAAAAACUGAAGCUGAUGAGAGACAAAAACAAUCGUUAAUUCAGAAUUUAACAAAAACUUAUACCACAAAAAUAGCUCAUUUUCAAGAAAUACAACGUGUUGGUGCUAGAAAAGAAAAAGAAAGUCUUGAACGUGCACGAUCUGUUUCAUAUCGACGACAAAGUGUCAACAAUGGAUCUGGUUUCGAUAAUCAUGCUUAUACAGAUAAUCAAUAUCAAGACCAGGUUGUUAUACCUAUGGAACAAGAUGUUGAUAUGCAAGCUUUAAGAGAACGUGGUGAUCAAUUGCAACAACUUGAAAGAAAUAUUGUUGAAGUCAAUGAAUUAUUCAAAGAUGUUCAUAAUUUGGUUCAUGAACAAGGGGAAAUCAUUGAUAAUAUCGAAAAUAAUAUUGUUGCUGCCGAUAACCAUGUAGUUACUGCUACCGGACAAUUAAAACAAGCAGUUACUUAUCAGUCUGCUGCUCGACGAAAAAAAAUUAUAUUAAUUUUAAUAGCGAUUAUAAUUCUUGUAAUAAUUGGUUUAGUACUUGGUUUAUAUUUCGGACUUAAAAAAUGA